AGACAGAGAACAUCUCUAUUUAAGGAAGAACUUAAAAAAGGAAACACCUCACUGAAACUCUCAGCAGUCCAGCCUUCUGAUGAGGGAGUUUACCAAUGUUACAUUGAGUACAGGUCCUGGUAUGAUGAUGUAACUGUUUAUGUUGAAGUUAAAGAAAUAGGUUUUCAUGCUUGGAAGAUUGCCAUCAUCUGCAUUUCAGUUUUCGGCAUUAUAUUAAUUGUCUUUACAGCUUACAUAUUAAAAGAUAAAUACUCAGAAAAGGAGCUUUCUCCUAAGCAAUGCUCAGUCAUAGCCUACAUGUGUAUUCAGUCAGAGAAUGUGAAGGAAAAAUUGGACCUGAAAAAAUACAAGACAUCAGAAGAGGGUUACAGAAGACUCAUCCCAGCUAUCACAAAGUGCAGAAAGGCUCAAUUUGAGAGAUGUAAUCUUACUAUAGAGUCAAUUGGCAUUUUAAGUGCAGCUCUACAAACAGAAAACUCCCUAAAAGAACUGGAUAUAAGUAAAAAUGAGCUGCAAGAUUCAGGCAUGGAACUGCUCUCUGCUGGAAUGAAGAGUUCACACUGCAAACUGCAGAUUGUCAGACUUGCUGACUGUAAACUCAGCAAACAGUCCUGUAACAUUCUGCUGUCAGUUUUACAAACAAAAAACUCUUCCCUGAAAGAACUGGACCUCAGCAACAAUGACCUGGAGGAUAUAGGAGUGGAGGCGCUCUCUGCUGGACUGAAGAGUACACACUGUAAACUGGAGAUUCUCAGAUUAUCUGGUUGUAUGAUCACAGAGGUAGGCUGUACGUCUCUGGCGUCAGCUUUGAGUCCAAGCGCCUCACAUCUGAAAGAACUGGAUCUGACCUACAACCACCCAGGACAGUCAGGCAUGAAGCUACUGUCAGCUAGAGUGGAGGAUCCACACUGCUCACUUGAAACACUUAGAAUGGAAAAUGGAGGUGAAAUCAGAAUCAAACCAGGACUGAAGAAAUAUUCUUGUGACCUCACACUGGACCCAAACACAGCACACAUGCGUCUCUCUCUGUGUGAGGGGAACCGAAAAGUGGUGUGUUUGAGCGAGCAGCAGGAAUAUCCUGAUAAUUCAGGGAGAUUUGAUUGGUGGGAGCAGGUGUUGUGUAGAGAGAGUGUGACUGGACGCUGUUUCUGGGAGACUAAAUGGAGUGCAGGAUGGGUUUAUAUUGCUCUGACAUAUAAAACAAUCAGCAGAAAAGGACGCAGUGAUGACUGUUUGUUUGGACGUAAUGAAAAGUCCUGGAGUUUGUACUGCUCUAAUAACAGUUACUCUGUCCAGCACAAUAAAACCAUCAUUGAUAUCCCUGCUCCUCUCUCCAGCUCUAAGACAGUUGGAGUGUAUGUGGACUACCCAGCUGGCACUCUAUACCAUUAA